GAUUUCUCAAGCGCACCGAAUUCGUUUCCCAAAUCUUGUUCUUUCUCUCUUCGUUUCCAUCUUCUUCUAGUGCUCCAUCUUGGAUCUCGCCGGAGCGAGAAGGGGAGGGCUACUGCUGCGAUGGGAGUUCCCGCAUUCUACCGGUGGCUUGCCGAUCGGUACCCGCUUUCGAUCGCCGACGUUAUCGAGGAGGAGCCGCCGAGAGGCGCCGCCACCGUGGAUGCGUCCCGGCCCAACCCUAAUGGCAUGGAGUUUGACAAUCUAUACUUGGAUAUGAACGGCAUCAUACACCCGUGCUUCCACCCCGAUGGAAGGUCUCCACCUACCACUUAUGAUGAUGUAUUCCGGUCCAUCUUUGAUUACAUUGAUCAUCUCUUUGGUCUUGUACGUCCUAGAAAGCUGUUGUAUAUGGCUAUAGAUGGUGUUGCUCCUAGAGCUAAAAUGAACCAGCAACGUUCUCGGCGAUUCAGGGCAGCAAAAGAUGCUGCCGAGGCUGCAGCUGAAGAGGAACGGUUAAGGAAGGAGUUUGAAGAUGAAGGAAGAAAUUUGUCUAUUUCAGAGAAACCUGAAACACUGGACUCAAAUGUUAUAACUCCAGGGACUGGAUUCAUGGGUGCAUUAUCAGUUGCCCUCCAGUAUUACAUACAUCUGAGACUGAACAAUACCCCUGGCUGGCAGUCUAUUAAGGUUAUACUGUCCGACUCAAAUGUCCCUGGUGAAGGAGAACACAAAAUCAUGUCCUACAUCCGGUUGCAGCGCAAUCUUCCUGGCUUUAAUCCAAAUACACGGCAUUGUCUCUAUGGAUUGGAUGCAGAUUUAAUUAUGCUGGCUUUGGCGACACAUGAGGUUCACUUCUCAAUUUUAAGGGAGGUUAUCUCGAUGCCAGGGCAACAGGAGAAGUGUUUUCAAUGUGGUCAAAUAGGGCAUCUUGCAGCUGAAUGUAGAGGUAAUUCUGAUGCACGAGGCCCUGAGUUUCAUGAUAAGGAUGAGACCCCAAUUUACAAAAAGAAAUACCAGUUUCUGAAUAUCUGGGUUUUGCGAGAAUACUUGGAGAAUGAUUUGAGAAUUCCUGAUCCUCCAUCUGAGAUAAACUUUGAAAGGCUCGUGGAUGACUUUGUAUUCCUUUGCUUUUUUGUUGGAAAUGACUUUCUUCCUCACAUGCCUACUUUGGAAAUUCGUGAGGGUGCUAUUACGCUACUGAUGUUUGUCUACAAGAACGAGUUUACCGCUAUGGGUGGUUACUUGACGGAGGCUGGUGAGGUUUCAUUGGAGAGGACAGAGCACUUUAUACAGUCAGUUGCGGUUUAUGAGGAACAAAUAUUUCAAAAGCGGGCCCGGAUUCAACAGGCCAUUGAGAACAAUGAGGAGUUUAGACUUAAAAUGCGGAGAGAGAAUUCUGAGGGUCUUCCAUCUGUGUCUACAGACAAGGUAAAAUUAGGCCAACCUGGAUACAAGGAAAGGUACUAUGCUGAGAAGUUUGAUGUAGAAGAGCCUAAGUCCAUUGAUGAUAUCAAGAAAGAUGUCGUUCAAAAGUAUGUAGAAGGCCUGUGCUGGAUCAUGCGAUAUUACUACCAGGGUGUCUGCUCUUGGCAAUGGUUCUACCCAUAUCAUUAUGCUCCGUUUGCAUCUGAUCUCAAAGGUCUGGCUGAUAUGGAAAUCUUUUUUUUUCUUGGACAACCAUUUAAACCAUUUGACCAGCUAAUGGGAACUUUACCUGCUGCCAGCUCAAGCGCCUUGCCCGAGCAUUACAGGGUUCUUAUGACUGAUCCAGAAUCUCCUUUAAGUUCCUUUUAUCCAAAAGAUUUUGAAAUUGAUAUGAAUGGGAAGCGGUUUGCAUGGCAGGGUGUCGUAAAACUGCCAUUCAUUGAUGAGAGACGUUUACUUGCUGAAACGAUGAAGCUUGAAGACACUCUAACUGAAGAGGAAAAGUAUCGGAACAGAAGGAUGUCUGAUAUAAUUUAUGUCAAUCGAAAUCAUCGUUUGGCUGAGCAAAUUUUUGCACUAUAUCACAUGUGUUCGCAACUUCCGUUUGAAGAACGAUUCAUUUGUAUUCCUAUUGAUGCUAAUCUUAGUGGUGGGAUGAAUGGUUUUCUUUCAUUGUCUGAGAGAAACUUUUUCAGCACGUCAAUACUUGCUCCAGUUAAAGGUUUGAAAAAUGUUGACCACAACCAAGUCUGGAAUGCGACUUAUCUUAAUCCUCCACAUCACGAACACAUUCCAGAACCACCUGAAGGUGUGGUCGUGCCCAAAAAGGUUCUUAAACCUUAUGACAUCAAGCCCUUCCCAGUGCUCUGGCAUGAGGACAAUAGCAGCCGGCGCCAGCAAACCAGAGAUAGGGCACAAGUAUAUGGAGCUAUAUCUGGUCCCCAGUUAGGAGAAGCAGCUCAUCGCCUACUAAAAAACACAUUACAAAUCAAAUCCAGCAGUCGACCUGGCUUGCUAGAGGCACCACAGUGGGACUCACCGUCCUCAUAUAAGCAGAGGCCUGCUGGGCCUGUAGGAUAUGAAGGGGGCUUCAUCCCGGAAACAAACCACUAUCACCACUCAAACCAUUAUUCCCGUGGAUCCUCGAGUUCCAGACCAUUUCCGUACAAUUCUGACAACCAUAACAGUAGUCGGCAGCAUUACAGAGCAGAGAGGCCACCGUAUCCACAAGACCAUUCCUAUGAAUUGAGAACCAGAACCUCCAAUUUGACUCUUGAUGAUGGACCUAAAGUCCAGCCACAUGAGUUGGCCCCCAGUGUUGGUUUUUGGCAAAACCAGCAGCCACCUCUUCAGAACUCAAGACCUCCCCCGCCGUUUCCGCCUAUGAACUGGAUUGACAGGCAGCCUUACCGAGGAGGAUUCAAUGGUGGUCCCAGGCACCCAGUGAUGGCUCCGAGGGGUGUGUUUGAUAAACAACAACAGCAGGCCACUAAGGUGUACCGAAUCAGAUCACCCUCACCGCCUGUCGACCCUUAAAACUAAAACAAGCCAGCAGUGACUUUAAUGUAUCCUUCUCUUCUUUCAUGCUUCUUAUUUGUACUUACUAGUGCUCUAUUAUCAGUCAUGUCUUAGCAGAGCAGGACCAUAUAAAUAGUUUGUAGAACUCAGGUAUAGAUGUAUGUUUUUAUUCUAAUGUUUUUAUACUUCAUUGCUUAAUUGAGUGUGGAUUGUUGAGAAUUUGGGAAGUACAAUUUAAGUCAGACAGAUGGAGACUAAAAAAAAAA